AUGAACUCUUCGAGAAAGAAUAAAGGACCUGGAGGUUUGAUUGGCCACGUUUUUUCUUGGUCUAUAGAUGACAUAAUGAACAACAAUCUUUACAAGUAUUAUGUUAAUCACAUUGGAGAUACAUUCUCAUCACUAGACUAUUACAUGAACUCAUUCAUUUACCCACUUAUCGAAGAAACGCAUGCUGAUCUACGCUCGAGUAUGACCAAUUUGCACACUGCGCCCGUUGUACCGAUACUUAGCCUUGAUGAGAACAGAGGCUUCAAGGAUCCGGAGAAUUUAUCGUACUUGAUGGAGGUAGAACGGUUUGAACAUGUGUAUGAACCUGAAAAGGGUGACUUGAUUGCAUUAGCAGAAGUGAGGCCAAAGUGUAUAGAUGAUUUGGAUGGGCGUAUGGUAUCGUAUCAUUUUGCGUUGGUUAGAGGCACCAGGGAUGAAUCCACCAACAAGAUUACAAUCUUAUGUUCCAAACUCAUCAUUCCAGACUAUUCAGAUGGCGAGCGUGGUGCUGAAGGAAAUGGACACAAGAUGUUUGCUGUCUAUCUUACAAAUUUGACUACAAAUCUACGGAUAUGGAGCUUUUUGCAUCCGGGGGAAGGAACAAAUACGGCAAUCCUCGACUCUCUUCUCACAUUUGAUCCAUCUAUGGAGGAGAAUUGUAGUGUUUGCUCUGAAAAGAUGGAGAGUACUGAUGUGUCUGAGUCAAGGAAAGUUAUCAAGUCAUUAGGGCUUGAUGAUUCUCAAAGGGAUGCUAUCUUGCAAUGCAUUGCAUUGAGGGAAUGCAAUCAUCGGAAUAGUGUUAAGCUGAUAUGGGGUCCUCCCGGAACGGGCAAAACGAAGACAACUGCUUCGUUGCUGUUUUCCUUGUUCAAGAUGAAGUCCAGGACGGUCACUUGUGCUCCCACCAAUGUGGCCAUAUUAGGAGUUGUCAAGCGCCUGAGGAGCUGUCUGAACGGGACGCUGGAGCAUAAUACCUAUGGAUUAGGUGAUGUGGUUUUGUCUGGAAACAAGAAGCGAAUGAACAUUAUUGAUCAUGAAGAUGUUCAUGACGUCUUUCUUGACUAUCGUAUCUCUGCACUGCUUUAUUGCUUCUACCCGGAAUCUGGAUGGAAAGGUAGCAUUAACAAGAUGUAUCGCCUGCUUGAAUACCCUGACAUUCCGUAUCAACGAUACUUGGAGCAAUUUAAGCUCAAAGACGCUGAAAGUGAGAGUGCAGACGACAACAACAAUAAUAAGAGUGGAGAUGAUCUUGUUGAGAAUGGGAGGUUCCAAGGGAAGUCGAUAAAUGACUUCAUGAAGAAGUUAGUAGCUGAAAAUGCAAAGGAGAACGGGAAGAAUAACAAGAAGAAGGAGAAGGAGAAGAAGAAGAAGAACAAGGCGAGUUCCCAAGAGAGAAGCAAAUCCAAGUGUGAUGGUGAUGGUGAGGGCUCUAAGAGAGCAACCAACGAUGAAGAGAUCGUUCCAUUGGCUUUCGAGGAAUUUUUUGCAAUGGAGUUCUCUAGUAUCUGUGCUAGAAUUGUUGUUAGUACAGAAUUGUUGUACACUCAUAUGCCUACAUCAUGUCUUCCAUUGGAUGAGGUGAUGAAGAUGAUUAAACUUCUUUCUUUGCUUCAAACCAUUGAACAUACCCUUGGUGGCAACAAGUGGUCAAAGGGAACUUUAAUGGGAAAGAACCAAUGUGAUUUAUCUAGGAUUAGGGUCGAGUGUUUGGAACUGCUGAAAUUGCUUUGUGAAAUGGAAUUCCCAAAGUUUUUAAAGCGUCACGAGGUCAGAAACUUUUGCUUGCAUAAUUCCCGAUUGAUCUUUUGCACCGUUUCAAGCUCGGCCAAGAUGCAUGAAACAGCGCCGUUUGAGCUGGCGAUAAUUGACGAAGCUGCGCAGGUUAAAGAAUGUGAAUCCACAAUCACCCUGCAGAUUCCCGGGCUCCGCCAUGCCAUACUGGUCGGCGAUGAGAAGCAGCUCCCUGCAAUGGUUAUAAGCGAGGUUUGUGAGAAAGCUGGAUUUGGGAGGAGUUUAUUUGAGAGGCUUGUGCUAUUAGGCCACAGCAAGCACUUGCUUAAUGUUCAAUACAGAAUGCAUCCUUCCAUAAGCUUAUUUCCAAAUAAGGAAUUCUAUGGAAAUCAAAUUAUGAAUGGCAGGAAUGUCACAUUGAGAACAUAUGAUAGACAGUUUCUCAAGGAGGAGUUAUUUGGAACAUAUUCAUUCAUAAAUGUGACGAAUGGUAGGGAGGAAUUCGAUGCUAGGUAUAGUCGAAAAAACAUCGUUGAAGUUUCUGUGGUUGCUCACAUAGUCUCUAACUUCUACUUUGUUUGGUUAGAAUCUAUGAAAAGUAAGGAGAAGGUUCGUGUAGGCUGCAUCUCACCAUACAAAGGUCAAGUUUUUGCGAUUCAAGAUGCUCUAGGGAAGGCCUACAGCUCUGAUGCCAAAGAUAAGUUUUCUGUAAAUGUUCGAUCUGUUGAUGGCUUUCAAGGUGGUGAGGAAGAUAUAAUAAUAAUCUCUACUGUUCGCUGCAACAGGAAUGGUAAGAUUGGAUUUCUUGAGAAUCUUCAAAGAACCAACGUAGCCUUGACUAGAGCAAGAUACUGUUUGUGGAUCCUGGGCAACGCUGCAACGUUGCAGAACAGUGGCUCUGUGUGGGGGAGGCUAGUCACAGAUGCCAAGACCCGCGGCUGCUAUCAUGAUGCUUUUGAGGACAAAAACUUAAGUCAUGACAUCUGCAACGUGUUGAUCGACCUCGGUCAGCUGAGGUCCUUGUUCGCACCUGAAUCUAUAAUAUUCAAAGAAGCCAAGUGGAAGGUUUGCUUCAGCACUGAAUUCCACGAGUCCAUAACGACACACUGCAGUCCAGAAAUUCUGAAGGAGGCGACUUCUCUACUAAAGAAGCUCUCAAAUGGGUGGCGCCAGCAGCGCGAGGAUGUAGCUGCUAUCAGUGGUGAAGAGCCCUCGUCUCGGUUGCUGCAUCAGGAUGUUGUGAUGGGGCCAGUGAGGCUGUUUUGGACUAUCGACAUUCUGAGAGAGAACUCUACAGACACACAAGUGAUCAAAGUCCUCGAUAUUCUACCGGUAUCCAAAGUAGUAGAAGUUGUCAAGAAAUUCGAUGUUCUUGUUGGGAACUACACUGUCAAUCAAAUGAACCGUUGUCUGUACAAGGAAUCAGAAGGAGGACUAGUCCUGCCUAAGACAUGGCCAGUCGAUCAAGCUAAUUCUAGAAGCAACUACUCUAGUACUGAUCUAGCAACGCAACUAUCAACAAUGAGUUUGGUGAAUGAUCCUAGAAGAAGGAACCAUACAAGGUGGGGGACAAAUCAUUGGGGCAGGGGCAGGGGCAGGGGCAGGGGCAGGAAUUGCUUUUAACCUAUCAUAUGAAACAGUUUCCAAGCACAUUAUGCUCUACAACAGUUGUAUGUAUGGUGUUACUAUGCAACUAUAUAAUUAGAACAUCUAAACAUCGUCACCUUUUGGUUGAAUUUUUGAACAUGCGGAGAUCCCUGA